GGGGCAAAAGUUCAGUUGAUUAAUUAAUUCAAUCAAUUCAUCCCCAAGAGUCUCAGACUCUGCUUUUUGUUAUCAGAGAUCAUCGACACGGCAGUUGCAAUCAUGUCGAUGGACUUGGAUGCUCCCGUGCCCAUGGCGGCACUGCAGGAACAGCCCACUGCAACUAUUCUCUGUUGCAACUGUGGUGCGCCCAUCGAUGGUACUACCGCUGCGGGCGCUCUUUGCACAGACUGUGUGAAACUCACAGUCGACAUCACCCAGGGCAUCCAGAGAGAGUCUGUCCUCCACAUGUGCAAGGACUGUGAGAGAUGGCUGCAGCCGCCGAGCAGCUGGGUCAGCGCCGCCCCAGAGUCGAGAGAACUGCUCGCCUUGUGCUUGCGAAAGCUUCGCGGAUUGACCAAGGUCCGGAUCAUCGAUGCUAGCUUUAUCUGGACCGAACCCCAUUCGAGAAGAGUCAAGGUGAAGAUCACAAUUCAGCAGGAAGCCUUCCAGGGCACUAUCCUGCAACAGACAUUCGAGGUGGAAUACGUGGUGGCGAGUCAGCAGUGUCCAGACUGCCAGAAGUCAUACACGGCCAAUACCUGGCGUUCGUCUAUCCAAGUCCGACAGAAGGUGCCUCACAAGAGGACGUUCCUUUACCUCGAACAGUUAAUCCUCAAGCACAACGCCCACCGAGACACCAUCAAUAUCAAGGAAACGAAGGACGGACUGGACUUCUUCUUUGCACAGAGGAACCAUGCCGAGAGGAUGGUUGAUUUCUUGUCCUCUGUUGCUCCCACGAGAGUGAAGAAAUCGCAGGAACUCAUCUCCAUGGAUGUCCACACGUCCGUCAAGCAGUACAAGAUCACCUACUCCGUGGAGCUGAUCCCCAUCUGCAAGGACGACCUGGUGGCACUUCCACUGAAACUGGCUCGAUCGCUCGGCAAUAUCUCACCCCUGACUCUCUGCUAUCGCGUCGGUACCUCGAUCAACCUCCUCGAUCCCAACACUCUCCAGACUACGGAUGUGCCGACAGCUGUAUAUUGGCGAUCGCCAUUCAAGAAUUUGGCGGAUGUGCAAGAGCUGGUCGAGUUUAUCGUCAUGGACAUUGAACCGGUCGGCCAGUCAAACGGUCGUUUUUCCCUUGCCGAAGCCACUGUGGCGCUUGCAUCCGACCUGGGCGUCAAUGACCAGACCUACUUCACAAGGACUCAUCUCGGUGGUGUCCUCCAUGUCGGAGAUUCCGUCCUCGGCUAUCACCUGACGAGAACGAACUUCAACAACGAAAACUUCGAGGCCAUUGAGCAGAGCCACCAGUACGGAUCCACUAUUCCCGACGUGGUGCUGGUCAAGAAGUUCUACGCCCGGAAGAAGAAGGGCAAGUCCAGAAACUGGAGACUCAAGCGCAUGGCCCGCGAGGAAGAAGAAGGAACAAUCAACCGCAGACAGCAGGAACAGGAACGCCUCGAAGCCGACUUUGAGCUGUUCCUGCGGGACAUUGAAGAGGACCAGGAAUUGCGGAGCACGCUGCAGCUUUACAAGGCCAAGAACGCUAAGCCCCGUCCAGAGAGAAUGGAGGGUGUCGAGACCGGCGAUGGCGAUGUGGAGCAGAUGGAGGAGGACGAGGAGAGCGACGAUGAAAAUGUGCCCCAGAUCAACAUGGAUGAACUCCUCGAAGACUUCGACGAGCUCAACGUGGGUGACGAGGAGUAAAAUCAUUCUUUUCUUAUUACGACGGAUAACGGCGUUCUUAGCGGGUUCUGCAUACGUAUAUCACGGGGCUUGAAAAGUACAUAGAUCUCUAAGCUCACGAGCUUUUUCUAUCUCAUAGUUACUCUUUCGAACAAGUGGAA